AAACGCGCUUCGAAUGCACUCUAACUGUGCGCUGUGCCAAUCCUGCCCACUGGGAAAGCCUCCUUUGUGGUGGCGCUGUACCCGAGAACUACAAGCCCCAGAAUCCUCCAGGCUCCCCCACCUGCCUCCGGAGCCCCGCCUCCCCGUGGAAGUAGGAGGGACCCGCGGCGAGGAAGGGAGAUGAGGAUGGACCGAGGGGAGGCAACGCGAGGCGUGCGGAGGGCUCCUUGCGCGUGGGAGAGCUCCCAGCAGCCUCUGCCCCCCAGCAGCCGAGGCAAGUGGGUGAGGCUCAACGUCGGCGGCACCAUCUUCCUCACCACCCGGCAAACGCUGUGCCGCGAGCAGAAAUCCUUCCUCUGCCGCCUGUGCCAGGGAGAAGAGCUGCAGUCUGAUCAGGAUGAGACUGGUGCAUACCUCAUUGAUCGGGAUCCCACUUAUUUUGGACCCAUUCUGAAUUUCCUCCGGCAUGGGAAGCUAGUACUGGAUAAAGAUAUGGCAGAGGAAGGGGUUCUGGAGGAAGCUGAAUUCUACAACAUCGGGUCUCUAAUCAGGCUAAUCAAGGACAGAUUGGAAGAAAAGGACUACACUAUAACACAGGUGCCUCCGAAACACGUGUACAGGGUUCUGCAAUGUCAGGAGGAAGAACUCACGCAAAUGGUUUCUACUAUGUCAGAUGGAUGGCGUUUUGAACAGCUGGUGAAUAUUGGGUCGUCUUAUAAUUAUGGGAAUGAGGACCAAUCGGAGUUCCUGUGCGUGGUCUCCAAAGAGCUCUGCAGCUCGCCCAGCGGCCUGUGCCCUGAGCCCAGCCGGAAAGCCAAGAGCACAGAGGAGGACCUUGAGGAGGAAGAGCAGAAGGAAGCGGAGCUGCAGGAGGAGGAGGAGGAGGAAGAGGAGAAGGUGGUGGAGCAGGAGCGAGAGGAAGCCGGAGUGGAAGAGGAGGAGAAAGGUGCAGCCAACCUCUGAAGACAGCCAGGAACAAAACCAAUACUGAACCUUAAAGCCGUAUGCUCCCUUUUCUGGCGGGAGCAGGUGGGGGGAAGCACGAAAGGGGUGCUUCUGCAGGUGAUGCCUGUGCAGGGAGGAAGCAAUACCUGGUGGCCAAAGGCUCAGGGAGAGGGCGGGGGGGGGGGGAGAUCAGUUCAUUUCGGAAGCCGCUGCAUUUAGGUCUCAACCAUGUGUGUGUAGUGGUGUUUUUCUUUUUCUUCUUGCAGAAUUUGUUGCAGAUUGGAAUUGUGUCUACCCCAGGAUUCCUCCAAUUCCCUCCCUGCCUUCUUCCCUAUUGGGUUCCUUUUCACUUUGGCUUUUUCCAACUCGUGCACAUUUCCCCCUGCCUUGCCAAUCCUUCUUUCCUCACCUUCUCUCCUGAGCCAGCAAAGAUCCUUUAUUCAUUCCCAGCCUAGAUCUCUUCCUCCUCCUCCUCCUCUGCCAGCCCAGCCCUGGUCUGCACUCCCCGACUUGGGCGAGUGACUCCCACUCCCUUCCCUUUGCUUGGACAUUUGGGUGGGCUGAGUGCACCCUUGUCCUGAAUUUGUCUUCCAGGGUAGCCCUUGCAGCCCCGGAGUGGGAUGGAGAAACUUGGGGCAGAAGAGGAAUGCAAUUCAGCCAGCGAGAGAUAGCUGCAUGCAGUGAACCUCUGAAGCUGCCUUUAUAGCAAGAAUGUGAAAUCUGUUGCCCUCCUAGUUGUUGUUAGACUCCAACUCCCAUCAUCCUGGUUUAUUAGCUAAGCCAGCUGGGGCUGAUGGGAGUUGGAGUCCAGUAAUGGUGGGAGGUUCACAGGUCCCCCACCCUGCUCUAUGGCAGAUUAGGCCAAUAGCCCACCCAGUCUACUGCUGUCUAUUUUUGAUGGGCAACAGCUCUCCAGGCAGAUUAGGCCAAUAGCCCACCCAGUCUACUGCUGUCUAUUUUUGAUGGGCAACAGCUCUCCAGGGUCUCUAUCUGGAGUCCAAGGGCUAUUCCUUGAUCCUCAUAGCUGGAGAAGCCCGAGAUUGAGCCUGGAGCCUUCUGUGUGCAAAACAUGCUUCUCUCCAUUCAGCAGCAGGGCAGGCACUUGGUGCUAAACCAGAGAAACCCACAUCCUGGACUGCAGGAAUCCAUGUAUCUGUGCUCAGAAUAAAUCAGUGCAGAUUUGCAUUGCAUGUAAUAUGCUUAUUUCUCGUUAUGGUGCUUAAGAACUAUUGCGGAGGGCAAGCGGUGUGGUCUGGGAAAACUGGCAGGAGGAGAAAUCAGGGCCUAGGUGCAGGACAGGGAGGGGCAGGAAUCGAUGCAACGCAUAGUAGAUCUGCUCCAUGUCCCCCUCCCUUUCCUCCAGUAGUCUUGGUUACUCGUUUUCAGCAGGGGCUGCUCACUUUUGCCCAUCCUCUCUCCUAGCGCAUCCGCCUCUCCCUUCAACAAGCUCACAACCUUGAAGCCUAGAAACUGACAAUUUGGAUUCGCAAGAAGCCAGAUUCUGUGGCCAGGCAUUGUCCACAAUCCAAUACAGAGUUAAGUGCUCUUAAGGAUACUGAUUUCAACUGAAGGUGGAAACAGAAGAGUGUAGCAAUCAUUUUCAGUAUCUUCGUACAAGCUCUAUUCCUAGAAGCAGCUAUCUAAUCCUUUGGAGGGGAGGUGCGGAUCUUGCUGGUACUUUGCUUUCAAGUUCCCACAUCUGCCUUCCUUCUGAUAAUGCAAAAACUUAACAUUUUCUUGGCAGGAACAGAUAUUGCACUGUAGCUCCGUGCCCAUGAGAAGCAUUCCCUCAGAUGCACUUGCCUCUUCCUCAGAAUUAGAACUCAGGAUUUAGCAGAAGGGCUGUCUUUUCUAUUACAAAGAAGCCCUCAUUGUCCUCUGCAAUGAGAGCUGGAGAAUUUGGUUCUAGGCUACUAGUGCUUUUAUGUCACCCCUGCCCUUCUCUCUCUCUCUCCCUCCCUCCCCCUCCCCUCCCUCCCUCCACUUGCCCCUCUUCUUCCUCUUCUUCCUCUGUCUUAAUCCAGCUUUCUCCUUUUCACUUGGCUUCUCUGGCUUUGCUUGUUCUUGUCACUUUAAACUGUUGCAAACCAGAUGUCUCAGGAUAUGAUGCUGAUCAAUGUUUUUUUUUAAUGUUAAUUUUAAAGUCUUUAUUUUUGUACUGUACUUUUUUCAAAAAAACAAAACAAAAGCAAAACACAGCCGGGGUGUGUGCGGGUGGAGUUAGAAUAAUAUUGCAUUGGGGACCUUUUUACACAGCAUUUUACGUUUGUCACAAAUUAUGAGCCACUCUUACACGGAUGGAAGAGGUGUGUGUUUUGCCUUCAGCGCAUCUCUCCCCUCCUCUGCCCCACAAACCUAGGGUUUGCAUUUCAUGCUGACCUGAUUCACAGGCUACACACACACACACACACACACAGCCAAACCAUGGCUUAGCGCAGAUGGGCGAGCACCCCCUUUUUGUUCUGAGCUGUGCCAAGCCUA